CAAUCAUCAAAAAGGGGGGGAAGAAACCGAUUUCCUUGUCUUUCAAACAAAGUUAAAGAAUCGUGCUAACGUAGUAUGGGAGGAAAGGCGCUUUGAGAACCAGGCUGGAUCGAAAGAUGGGUUCGAAAACAAUUUCAUCUUUUUCAUGGAUGAAGGAAGGACAUUGUUGGAAGAGAAUAUUUUCCGCGAUGUUCGACGUUGCUUUUGCAAAGGCUAUUUUUCAACUAGACACCUAGACUCUUCUGCACGGGCAACGUUGAUAAACCAAGGAUAUCUGUUGCCUCCAUUUUACUUUGUCAACUGCUUGGAUCUAUUCAUUGACAGCAAAAACAACAACGAAUUAUCAAAAUAUGGCCGACCGCUUUGGCAUGCUUAUGAAAUGUUCGUCCAGAAAAAUAAGAAUCGAUUGACAAUAGCAAACCUUCUUCAAUUUGCAAGAUUUAAACUUCUCAGAUCUGAACAGCGCCUAGCAAAGCUCGGUGGUGACCAUAAAAAGGCAGCUGCGAUUGCAUGUUUGGCGUGCCGAGCCGCACUUCGUAUUCACCCUGGACGUCGCUUUGCUUCCGAGCUGGUGGGCGGUCAUAUGGCCGUCUGCUCACAUGUGUACAACGAUCGAAAAGCCAUUCUCAUUAAUUACCCUUCUGAACCUAUACUUGCUGAAGGGAGCCGUUCUGCGUUGCUUGGACCAGAAGCAGACUUCUCUGGUUGGAACAUCAGUCUGGAACAGUUACAGCUUGCGAUCCAGGAAGCAGAUAUUGAUACAGGAAAAAUUGGUGAAUUGAUCCACAGAAUAGUGCUCUUGCUAGCGAUGGAUAUGGCAAAGAUGGAGAUGGCUGGCCGUUCCAAACACAAGGGAGUCAGUGCCUAUGACUUCCUGAAAGUCCUUGUGGGAGAUUCAAUUGACGCAAGUGGUAAUGGUGGAACACAGAUUGAGAACCUAAAGACAAAAUACGUUUGGUUCAAUCAUUUCCUCCCUUUAUAUUACGUCCCUGACGCCAGCGCGUUCGAGCAGAUUGCAAGAAGACGCGCAGCUACGGUCUGCAAGCCUGGUCAAAAUGGAAUUGAUCAUGAGAUUCCGCUGAUGGAUGCUACUUAUUCAAAUGUUGUUGGCACACUCGCAAUCCAAACAAAGAAUGUUGUAAGCAAACAUGACUCCGACUACCCCGCAUCAGCAGGCUGGAAAUUGGGCCGGGAAUUUGCCUUUCAUGGCAGUGAUCGUGAUGGGUCCUCAGACUCCGCUAGUGACUUCUACUACUUUGCUCUGUACCAUAAUAUUGGUUAUCAGCGUUCCCAUGGAACGGAAUCGUUUGAGUGCGAGCAAAUAGAACCAUCCACUCAUGCACACGUAUGGACAUGUGGGCAUGGGCAGAGAGAUUGCUAUUCUCCGAUUGGGCUGAAGAUGGUUGGGUUGGAUCUGCCACUGUUUCAAUCAACAAAUGAAAAGCUUUGCUCAAAUGUAAAGCAGAUGCAAAAAAGCUUGAAGCAAAUGCGGGACCAAGGAAGGAGCCCCAUUGCCCACUUUACAGAUGAGAUGAAAACAAGUAUUCGACAGCUUACACCCCUGGCAUAUGCCAGAGUGCCAGCGCCUGAUGCCUGA